AACAAACACAGCAAUGAUGCCUUAAGAGAGGGCGGACGGCAGCUCCUCACCGGCUCCUUCUCACGGCUUCUCGGGAGAACUGUUUGAUUUGGGAAUCUAUGUUGGCUGUCCAGAAUAUGAAAUUUGGCAUAUUCCUUUUGUGGUGGGGAUGGGUUCUGGCUGCUGAGAGCACUGUGCACUGGCCAGGGAGAGAAGUUCGUGAGCCAUCUAGGAAAGGCAGCAGACCUCAGAGACAGAGACGAGGAGCACACGACGAUGCCCACAAGCAAGGCAGCCCAAUUCUGAAACGAAGCUCUGACAUAACCAAGUCUCCUCUCACCAAGUCCGAACAGCUGCUGAGGAUAGACGACCAUGAUUUCAGCAUGAGACCUGGCUUUGGAGGCCCGGCCAUUCCUGUAGGCGUGGAUGUGCAGGUGGAGAGCCUGGACAGCAUCUCGGAGGUGGACAUGGACUUCACCAUGACCCUAUAUUUGAGGCACUACUGGAAGGACGAGAGGCUGUCUUUCCCCAGCUCCAACAACCUCAGCAUGACCUUUGAUGGCCGACUUGUAAAGAAGAUCUGGGUUCCUGACAUGUUCUUUGUGCACUCCAAACGCUCCUUCAUCCACGACACCACCACAGACAAUGUCAUGCUGCGCGUCCAGCCGGACGGCAAAGUACUCUACAGCCUCAGAGUUACAGUGACCGCGAUGUGCAACAUGGACUUCAGCAGGUUUCCCCUGGACACACAGACCUGCUCCCUGGAAAUCGAAAGCUACGCUUAUACAGAAGACGACCUAAUGCUGUACUGGAAAAAAGGCAACGACUCCUUAAAGACAGAUGAGAGGAUCUCCCUCUCUCAGUUCCUCAUUCAAGAGUUCCACACCACCACAAAACUAGCCUUCUACAGCAGUACAGGCUGGUACAACCGUCUAUACAUCAACUUCACUCUGCGUCGUCACAUCUUCUUCUUCUUGCUCCAAACCUACUUCCCUGCCACCCUCAUGGUCAUGUUGUCCUGGGUGUCCUUCUGGAUCGACCGCAGAGCUGUGCCUGCCAGAGUCCCCUUAGGCAUCACCACGGUGCUGACCAUGUCCACCAUCAUCACGGGCGUGAACGCCUCCAUGCCCCGAGUGUCCUACAUCAAAGCCGUGGACAUCUACCUCUGGGUCAGCUUUGUGUUCGUCUUCCUCUCUGUGCUGGAGUACGCAGCUGUCAACUACCUGACCACAGUGCAGGAGCGGAAGGAACGGAAGCUUCGGGAGAAGAUCUCCUGCACCUGUGGGCUGCCCCAGCCUCGAGGGGUGAUGCUGGACAGCAGCUACAGUGACGGAGAGGUGAACGACCUGGGUGGCUACGUGCCUGAGAACGGAGAGAAACCGGACCGGAUGAUGGUGCAGCUGACCCUGGCCUCUGAGAGGGGCUCUCCACAGAGGAAGAGCCAGAGAGGCAGCUAUGUGAGCAUGAGGAUCAACACUCACGCCAUUGAUAAAUACUCAAGGAUCAUUUUCCCAGCCGCUUACAUUUUAUUCAAUCUGAUCUACUGGUCAAUUUUCUCUUAGACGCCUGUAAUUGUGUGCGUCUCAGCACGCACUACCAAAGUUGCUGUGAGAUGAAAAUUAGGGUUUAAAGCCAUCUCGGCACCUACCUGGGCUUUCACUGUCCCCUCUUCAGCUAUCCAAAGCUGCACUGACAAUACACCUCUUUUUGCACUUAUUAAGUAUCAGUUCUCUAUCUAGCAUUAUACUAGGUGUUACAGGAAGUUGCCAUGAUAGUUCCUGACAUUAGCUGCUGCCAGAUUCAGGAAGAGCACAGAGGCCACAUGUGGACAUGUUGCAAUUCAGGAGCCCCCGACGCUGUUCGCAUUGAGGGGUUUCUUCAUCGGUGGACUGUGUUCUUUAGGUAGAUCUGGGAGGUACCUAAAUAAAACUCAUUUGCAUUGAGCCCACAGGCACAUAAACCCCUUCUGAUGACAGGCCAGGCUUCAGUGUCCCUGCACCUGCUCCGCAUCCCCUGUACUUAAUGAAAGGCAGUGGUGCUCAUAGGGCCUCCUUUUUUACAAGCUGUGUGAUUCUCUCCUUAUAAGGAACGCUCUUUAGAUUGUUGCGAUUUCCCUAGCAGAGAAACUCUGGAGAUAUGGACGCAUGUAUCAUUUCGUCUGUCUUGUGGAGGUGACGAACCUGGAGAACCCUGUUCCUUUCCCUGUCCUCUAGUCACUGUUGCCUGCCUCUCCAUCACGGAGUGGGUGCUUUCUUCAAAAUAAAGUCUUUUCUCAGUA